AUGGAAACACAAAAUGCAACCAAGCUUGUUGAUUUUAUUCUUGCAGGACUGUCUAAAGCUCCAUAUCUCCAACCAUUUCUUUUUGUAAUAUUUUUACUUAUUUAUAUUUUUACAAUACUGGGAAACAUGAUCAUUAUUUUGACUGUUACCAUGGAAACUCAGCUUUGUUGCCCAAUGUAUCACUUUCUUAGAAACUUGUCUCUUACUGAAGUCUGCUAUGUUUCAGUUACUGUUCCUCGGAUGUUAAGAGAUUUUGUAAACCAUGAAAACCAUAUUUCCUUUACCUUUUGUGCAACUCAACUGUAUUUUUUUUGUUUUCUGGGUACCACUGAGUGCUUCCUCCUUGCAUUAAUGGCAUAUGAUCGUUAUUUAGCCAUUUGUCAACCUCUUCAUUACAGGACAGUUAUGACCAAAACAAUAUGCUUUAGGGUUUCCGUUGGAUGCGUCUUUGCUGCAAUGAUACUUUCCAUUGGUCAAAUAACCUUUGUAUUCAGCCUGCCAUUCUGUGGUACAAAUGUAAUUGAUCAUUAUUUCUGUGAUAUUCUACCUGUUGUAGGACUUGUGUGUGCUGACACAUAUGCUAAUGAGAUGACUAUAUUAAUGUAUGGCGCUUUAGUAAUAGCAUCACCAUUUGUUCUGAUUUUGGUGUCAUAUGCACGUAUUCUGGCUGCAGUAGUUGGGAUACACUCUGAAGCUGGACGAAAGAAAACGUUUUCCACUUGUGGAUCUCACCUUACAUCUGUCUGUCUGUUCUAUGGGACAGCAAUAGUGACAUACUUAAGGAAAAAGUCCAGUUACGCUAAUAGUGGCGCAAAAAUUACAUCGCUUCUCUAUAGUAUUGUGAUUCCCAUGCUUAACCCUUUGAUAUACAGUUUAAGGAAUUCACAGGUAAAGCAAGCUAUGAGAAAACAUAUUUUUAGAAACAAACAAGCAUGA